CAGAACUGUACGGUAUAUUUAUUCGGUACUCAUAAUGUUGGUAUAUUUCCACAGACCAGCAGCGGUCACACUACACUAAAUGCAAUAAACAAAUUUCUAAUUUAUUUUGCAACAAAUGCAAACGCCAAGAAUCUAGCUGCACUUAGUCGCGUGAGAACAGCAAGGAUACACGCGGGACGUGUGGAAGCGGGACAAGUGUGGUGCCAACAUGUUGGUCAAGUGCUGCAUCGGAUUCGGGUCACUCUGGCCACUGGCCAUAAUGGUGGCCUUUUCCACUGCCUACAAGAACGUGCGUCUCCAGGACAACAUGUGCUCGGACAAACUGUUCUACACACUGGCUAAGCCGUUCCGUGGCGACCCGACUGUGCGGCUGGAGUUCGAGGACACAUCCGGAGCGAUCGUGACGCAGAUGUGGAACUUGACACUGCCCCACGGCCAUGGGGCCAACAAGAUUAAGUACGAUUGCCAGUUUCGUGUGGUGACCAGCGAGCUACCGCCGCGCGGCAUCUACACCAUUAUUACGCGGCUCAAGUUCCGGCGCGACCCCGUUUCCAAGGAAUGCAUCGAUUACAUUCAGUUCAGCAGCGGCAAUCGCUCGCCCAGCGAACGCAUUUGCACCGACAUCUCCAUUGAUGGCCCGGCCGGACGUCUGAUCUUCGACCAGCGAAACCGCGAUGUCAACGUGCACAUCUUCAUCGAUCGAUCGCGUCAUAUACUGGGUGAUCCACUGGAGCUGCGCAUGGUGCUUACGGCACACUCCGAGUGCCAGUUCAAUGGUGACUUCCUUUGCGAUCCCAACGACCAGUACUCGUGCAUUUCGCGUCACUUUGUGCGGGACAACAUCACCAACUGCCUGUAUCCGUGCCGCGACGAGGGCACCUGCUUUCACGACGCCAUUGUGCCGGAGAUCGAUACGGCCAAUGUGGCUAUAUCGGCGUUGACAUCGCUCAUCUUCACCAUGGUGGGCGUGGGAUUCUGUGUGUGGAUCUGCUGGAAGUAUUGGAACUGCAUAACGGUCCAGCAGCGGGCGCACGAAGCCUCCGCUGCCCGCUUCAAUCAGCGUCGAGUCAGAUCGGAGGUGCCCACCAUUGAGCUGCCACCGUCGGUGCACUACGACGAUAGCGUCCUGCACGAGCACGAUACCCAGCAGCAACAGCAACCCGCCACGCCAAAGGAUCUACCGCCCAGUUAUGAGUCCCUGUUCCCGGAAAGAUAAAGAUCCGCGACGGGUGUCGCUCCGCUUUGUGCCAGAUCAGCAAGUACUUGGUAUCGCACACUUGUUGUAUUAGUCCUAUUAGGUAAUUGUAUCUCUAUCUGAACCGUUCAGCAAUCCAUGUAAAUAUGUUAGGACUGAUUUUAUGUUUUGAGAUUAGCAUUAACGAUCAAACAUCUUUCUCAAUGUGUUCACUUUGAACCAAAUUUCAGAAUACUCUACCCGAGAAUUUCUACAGUUUUACUGGUGUAUAUAUUUAAGUUUUAUGUUGUUCAACUCUCCGUAUUAUUUGCGUAAUUGUAACUGUUGAAACCGCCUUUUGGCGAUGCAAAUUGUUUACUCACUUACCGUACUCAAUGAAAUUAUAUCAAUUAUUUACCUAAGCAUCAAUUAUUUAUAAGCAAAAGUCACAGUACUAGUCUCUGUAUUAGCUAGCGUAAAUAUUCCAAGGGCCAGCCAGGACUAGGCCGAGCAUUCCACAUAGUUGUACCUGUUUCUGUACUGCAUAGAUAUGUAUAUGUUAUGUAUUUGUACGCAUAGAAUACCACGCGCUUGUAGAUUUCUUUGUUGUGUGCUGGCCGAAAGUGUCAAUUGUUCAAUUUCGAGUAUAAGAUGUAGGCACACACGCUCACGAGAUAUGUACGAACUACAGUAUUUACUCCACACAUGUAACUGCAAUGUAACUGAAAGUUCGGAGUAGUGGUCAGUAGGUCUUAAGCCAAUUAACUCAUAUGUAUACACACGCAACUCACUCAAAUACGUAUAUUAACUGAUAAAUAAACCAAUUAGAUUUCAGCAAA